GACCUGAUUUGGGAAAGAAAGCAAAAGAAACGAAACUAGAGGGUAGAACACGACGGUGUCCGGCGUCCGUAAAAAAGGAGGAGAGGAGGCCAGGGAGGCGGGGGCAGCAAGAAUGGCGUGCUCCACCGGUCUCUGCUUCUUGGCGUCGAUUCCUCCUCUCUCAGCCUCUUGUUCUUCUGGCUCCUCCUGCUUCCUCAUGAUCAAGCGUGUGUCCUCUGCUCCGUCCUUGUCCAGAUGGACGAUCCAAUACAAGCAAUUGGGACAUACAAUAUAUCGGAGAAGCCACGUUCUGGCCUUUGCUAGUGCAGAUGCACCACAAGGCAAAAGAAGCUCAGGUGAGAAUGUUGUGAUGGUUGAUCCACUGGAAGCUAAGCGCCUAGCUGCUAAACAAAUGCAAGAAAUUAGGGCCAAAGAAAAGCUGAAGAGGCGCCGUCAAGCAGAAGCGAUCAACGGGGCAUUGGCAGUGAUAGGACUCACGGCUGGAUUGCUAGUGGAGGCUCAGACAGGAAAGGACAUCUUAGGGCAGCUAGCUGGAUAUCUGACGGCUAUUUCUAGUUUAUUUGGGCAAUAACACUGGACCAUGGUUGGAGAUUUAUUUUUCACGUUCCACGGCCAGGAGAGGUCUUAUCUGAAUCUUAUUUGAUGGAUCCACCCAAUUUUUUUGGGAGCUGAUCCCAGAUGGAUGUGGAAUAGCGCACCCAGACUUGUAUGUUGAUCAAGCACGAUAGCAUGGGCUGAACAUUAGUAUUUCUAUGUAGCACAUCAAUUUCUGACGAUAGCGCCUGCUAAAGAGCAGUUCUAUUCAUACUCA